AUGGCUCCAACUAACGUAACCAAGAAACCUUCUCAGUACAAACAGUCUUCAAGAAAGGGUAAGAAAGCAUGGAGAAAAAAUAUCGAUAUUUCUGACAUAGAACAAUAUAUGGAAAAAAAGAUUGAUCAUGAAGUUACACAUGGUACCAGUGAUAUAACCUCUUUGCAAAAUGACGCCCUUUUUCAUGUUGAUAUUGAAGGUGACAACGUUUUGAAAAAGAAAUUGAUCAAAAGGAAUCAAAUCAAGAAGGUUUUGAAAAGUAAAGAGAUUUUAGACGCCGUAAGAACGAAUUCAAAAAUUGCAGCACUAAACCAUCACAAGAAUGGUAGUCAUGAAAAUUCUAACAAGAUACAAGGUGUUUCUAAACAUGAAUUAAAGAAGUUAAUGGCUUUGGCUGGCAGAGUACACGGCGAAUCGAAAAUCAAAAAUAGAGUUGCCAAAGACGGUCUAGUUAAAACAACGGCUGGUGACUUAUGGGGUGAGGAAUCGAAUUCCAAGAAACAGAAGGUCAAAUUACCUUCGGGUAUCGAACUUGAUGUGGAAGAAAAGGACCAGAUACCUCAGGAACUAUUGAAAAAAUCCACCACAAGUUGGUCUGUUGCUUCAGUCAGACCAAGAACUUUAGAUAUAGAACCAGUUGCAGUAAAGGAAUUCACAAACAUUCCACAUGCCGGUAAGUCCUACAAUCCUAACAAUAAAGCCUGGUCAGAAUUGAUAAACAAGGAGUAUAAAGAUGAAAAAACAAGAGAAGAUGAAAGAAUCGCUUUAGAAAAGUAUAAAGAAAGAAUUAGACAUUUAAUGGAAACUUUAGACGACAAUGAAGAGGAAGAGUCUUCAUCUAAUGAAGAAGAAGAUGGAGAAGAAAAUGAGGACGCGCAAAGUAGUGGAUCUGAUAACGAAGUAAGAUUAUCAAUAAAUAAGCCUGUCAAGAAUAAAAAGAAAACAAAAUAUCAGAGGAAUAAGGCAAAGAGACAUGAGGAAAAAGUAAAGUUGCAACAAGAAUUGAAAGAACUGAGAGAGCGUGUUAAAGGGUUAGAAGAAGUAUUUAAUACCGAAGAGACUGAGAUAGUUUCUGCCAUAGAGUCAGAUAAUAGUAACAAGGUUAAGAAAAGCAAAAAAAAUAAGAAACACAAAUUAGGGACGAAAUAUUCUGUGAUUGAUGAAAGGUUGGAGAUCAAAUUUUCUGAUGAAUUAUCUGACUCGUUGAGAAAAUUGAAACCUGAAGGAAACUUGCUAUAUGACACUGUGAGAAAACUACAAAGUUCUGGUAAGAUCGAAUCAAGAGUGCCGGUCAGGAAAGGUAGAAAAUACAAGCAGAAAAUUACUGAAAAGUGGACACACAAGGACUUCAAAUAA